CACCCCUACGGCUGGAGGGACCGCGGGCGGCGGGCGGAGGUGGAAUUCCCGCCGGACGACGUGCAGGGCUGGCCCCGCACCCCUGAGAAGGCCGGCUCGCCGCGGAGGAGCGGGGCGCUGCUCGGCGGCCGCGUCCCCACCCCGGGAGCUCUCCCGGGACCCCUCACCUUUCCCCGCGCGGGGAGCCCGACGGGCCGGGGAGUCCUGCUCCGCCUGGUCAGCCCGCGCCGCGAGCGGCCUCCCGGACUCGCCCGGCGUGGAGGGCUGGGCGCGCACCCCGCGCGUGGGCCCGGCUCCCUUCGCCCCAAUGCCCCGGCGAGAAGAGCAGAGUGGGUGCCGGUGGCUGGAGCUGUUGGAGGGGUCCCUGGGUGGCGAUCGGGGUCGGCACACAGGUCACUGUUCGUCUCCUGUCCGCACGUUGCAAGGCUGUGUGUGAGUCUGGUAUAAUUUGGCCUCCCAAGGUUCUGUCUUUGCAAGAAGGAAGUGGAAAAUAAUCUUGGGAAAAAAAACGAAGACAAUAAGGAAGCCAGUACUUAUUUUUACAUGGUUGUCAGCUUACCUACCAAUAUGAACACUCUUCCCGUCAUUUGUCCUCCUGGUGGAGACAGUGGGCUGAUAGAUUCUGACCGUGCGUUCCAAAGUAUGUUAAUUGAAGAAAGAUUACGAUGUGAACAACAUAAAACUAAUUAUCAGACUCUGAAAGCCGAACACAACAGGUUGCAAGAUGAGUACACAAAGUCACAAAAUGAACUCAAACGCCUGUUAAAUGAAAAGCAAACUAACCAGGAAAAAUUCCAGCUACUGUUUGAAGAACUAAGAGGGGAAUUAUUAGAGAAAACUAAAGACUUAGAAGAAAUAAAGCUACAGGUAUUAACUCCACAAAACUUGGAAUUGUUCAGAGCCCAAAUACGACAAGAAUUAGAAACUCCAAUGAGAGAGCGUUUUAGGAGUCUGGAUGAAGAAGUUGAAAAGUAUAGAGCUGAAUAUAAUAAGCUUCGCUAUGAAAAUACAUUUCUCAAGUCAGAGUUCGAACACCAGAAAGGAGAAUUUGCACGUACUUUAGAAGAAGAAAAAAUAAAAUAUGAAUCAGAGAUUGCAAGACUGGAGAAAGAUAAAGAAGAACUACGUAAUCAGCUGCUUAGUCUUGAUCCCACAAGAGAUAGCAAACGAGUGCAGCAACUUACUCGAGAAAAAGUCCAUUUGGCUCAGAAAUUAAAAGAGUUAGAGGCUGAAGUAGCCGAAUUAAGGGCUGAAAAAGAGAAUUCUGAUGCUCGGGUAGAAAAUGUCCAAAGAAUUCAGGUGCAGCAGUUGGCUGGGAUGCAGGCUACAAUCAGAUCCCUGGAGGCUGAAAAACAGUCAGUUAAACUACAUGUUGAACGCUUGGAAAAAGAGCUACAAUCAAGCAAUGAACAAAAUACUGUUUUAAUCACUAAAUUACAUAAAGCUGAACGGGAAAUAAAUGCAUUGAGCAGUAAAGUAAAGGAACUUAAACAUUCAAACAAACUAGAAAUAACAGACAUCAAACUGGAAGCAGCAAGAGCUAAGAGUGAUCUAGAAAGAGAAAGAAAUAAGAUUCAAAGUGAAUUGGAUGGAUUACAGUCAGAUAAUGAAAUUCUCAAAUCAGCUGUUGAACAGCACAAAGUGCUCUUAGCAGAAAAGGAUCGUGAAUUAAUACGUAAAGUACAAGCUGCCAAGGAAGAAGGUUAUCAAAAACUUGUGGUAUUACAAGAUGAAAAGCUUGAACUUGAGAACAAAUUAGCGGAUUUAGAGAAAAUGAAAGUGGAAUAUGAUGUCUGGAGGCAGUCUGAAAAGGAUCAGUGUGAAGAGAAAUUUCGGGCUUCACAGAUGGCAGAAGAGUCGGCCAGAAGAGAACUUCAAAGUAUUAGGUUAAAACUUCAACAACAAAUUGUGAAUAUUGAAAAUGCAGAGAAAGAGAAAAAUGAAAAUUCUGACCUGAAACAGCACAUCAGUAGUUUGCAGAUCCAAGUGACCUCACUUACACAGUCAGAGAAUGAAUUGCUGAAUUCAAACCAAAUACUGAAGGAAAUGGUGGAGAGGUUAAAACAGGAGUGCCGAAAUUUAAGAAGCCAAGCGGAAAAAGCACAACUAGAAGUUGAAAAGACAUUGGAAGAGAAACAGAUCCAGUGGCUGGAAGAAAAGCAAAAGCUUCAUGAACGUAUCACAGACCGAGAAGAAAAGUAUAAUCAAGCUAAAGAGAAACUGCAGCGAGCUGCAAUUGCCCAGAAAAAGAGAAAAUCUCUUCAUGAAAACAAAUUGAAGAGACUACACGAGAAAGUGGAAGUCUUGGAGGCAAAGAGAGAAGAAUUGGAAACAGAAAAUCAGGUGUUAAAUAGGCAAAAUGUUCCAUUUGAAGAAUAUACAAGGCUUCAAAAAAGACUAAAGGAUAUACAGAGAAGACAUAAUGAAUUUCGAAGUUUAAUUUUGGUUCCUAACAUACCUCCAACAGCAUCCAUCAAUCCUGUUAGCUUGCAGUCAUCAAACAUAAUUCCAGGCAUGGAGCUAGCCUUUCCUCCUCAUAUGCAGGAGGAACAACAUCAAAGGGAACUCUCUCUACUUCGUAAAAGACUAGAAGAACUAGAAACAACACAAAGAAAACAACUAGAGGAACUUGGAUCACCUGGGGAAUGAUGUUUUUGGAGGAAAGGGAUGAAAUCAGUGACCCAAUAAAGCUUGAAGUUUUAACAUAUGUGGCAUUUAGAUACUUUAUUACUGUUUGCCAAAACCCUUGAAUUUGCCUCAAGAAAAGUACCAGCUACAUGCUGUAGUGCAUGUAAGUCGGGAUUUUAAGGUUAUACUAAAGACAAGUGAAACAUUAAAACAGCUUUAGAGAUAGAGUAUUUAUCAAAAAUCUUUUGAGAAUGGUAUAAAUAAAUGGAGCUAAUUUAAUUGAAGAAUCAAAUUUUUAAAAUAUUUUAUUAAUUUUACUUAGUUGAAUUUUGGGGGCAUGUUGCCUAAAAUAUGCCCAUGUUGAAUUUCUUCUUCCUCAUCUUUGAGAUGUUUGGCAAUAACAGGGUCAGUAAACAUUUUCUGGUUUACUAUAUACGAGUUAUAAACCUCUAGUUCUUGAAAAAAGAUGACAGUUUUAAAGUCAGCGUAAAUAAUACAACUUAAAGAUAUCUAAAUAUAAAACACUACCUUUUUUAAAAUCUGUGUGCACAUAAUUUAUUAAAGAGCUUAAUAAAUAUUUUUUU